UUCUGCCGGCAAUCGAGUCCGAGCGUCUGGUUAUUACCGUACCGCCGUACGUGCGCCGCGGUACUAGAGUCGCUGGGUUGCCGGGCCCGAGGAGCUGCGCGCGCCAGCGGCAGCAGGGAAUGGAAGCGGAGAACGCGGGCAGAAUUCUUAUGUUGAAACCUGUAAGCCCCAGUGUGGACAUUGGGAGGUGGGGUCUUUUGGAGGUGAUGAGUCCAUGAGGCCCAAGCCCACCUAAACGGGAGUAGUGUCUCCGUGAAAGAGGUCCCAGAGAGACCCCUAACCCCUUCUGCAUGUGAGGACACAGCAAGAAGGCACCCAAAAAGGAGCCAGAAAGCAGGCGCUCUGCAGACACUGAGUCCGCCAGCACUUUGAACUUGAACUUUCCAACCCCCAGAACUGUGAGACACAGCUAUUCUCUUCAGCAAGCUCAAGCUUUUUAUACAUUUCCACUCCAGCAAAUGAUGACUGAAGUUCCUAACAUGGCAGUUAUGAAUGCACAAGAAAUGCCAGCCGAAGUUCCAGCCCCAGCACCUGCUCAGGAACCCACACAAGGAGAAAAUAAAAGUGAACGUGAAACUCCUCAGCACACCACGUGGUGAAGAGGGACCCAGGAUGCUGUGGGGCUGGCACCUAACUCGGACCGAGGCUCAGAGGCAGCUUCGUGGGACUCUGAAGUUCAAGGAGACUCCUCCAAAAGGAAGGAAAAGAAAACCCAGAACAACAGAACCAAAAACACCAGUGGAGCCCCAAAAACCUGCUGAGACCAAAAAAUCUGGGAAGUCCACAAAGUCAAAAGAAAAGCAAGAAAAAAUUACAGACACAUUUAAAGUGAAAAGAAAAGUGGACCGUUUCAAUGGUGUUUCAGAAGCUGAACUUCUGACCAAGACUCUACCAGACAUUUUGACCUUCAAUCUGGACAUUGUAAUUAUUGGCAUAAAUCCAGGACUGAUGGCUGCUUACAAAGGGCAUCACUACCCUGGGCCUGGAAACCAUUUUUGGAAGUGCCUAUUUAUGUCAGGGCUGAGUGAGGUUCAGCUGAGUCACAUGGACGAUCACACUCUACCAGGGAAAUAUGGUAUUGGAUUUACCAAUAUGGUGGAAAGGACAACACCAGGGAGCAAGGAUCUUUCCAGUAAAGAAUUCCGUGAAGGAGGACGUAUUCUAGUGCAGAAAUUACAGAAAUAUCAGCCACGAAUAGCAGUGUUUAAUGGAAAAUGUAUUUACGAAAUUUUUAGUAAGGAAGUUUUUGGAGUAAAGGUUAAGAACUUAGAGUUUGGACUUCAACCCCAUAAGAUCCCAGACACAGAAACUCUCUGCUACGUGAUGCCGUCGUCCAGUGCCAGAUGUGCGCAGUUUCCCCGUGCCCAGGACAAGGUGCAUUACUACAUUAAGCUGAAGGACUUACGAGACCAGCUGAAGGGCAUUGAGCGAAACACAGACGUUCAAGAAGUGCGGUAUACGUUUGACCUACAGCUGGCCCAAGAGGACGCAAAGAAGAUGGCUGUGAAGGAAGAAAAAUACGACCCGGGUUAUGAAGCAGCGUACGGCGGCGCUUACAAUGAAAGCCCCUGCCCUGCUGCUGACAAUGGAGAAUCAACUUUCAGUAACAUUCCAAACGGACAGUGGAUGACCCAGUCGUUUACAGACCAGAUCCCUUCAUUUAGUAAUCACUGUGGGACGCAAGAGCAAGAAGGAAACCACGUUUAAGGAUGGUGUUUUUCAGCCCUGCUUAAAUGCUGCAGUUUAAUGCAGUUGUCAAGUGGCCCUCGGUGUGCUAGCUGAAGCAUUUUAUUCAUAUUUUAUUCGGGUGUUGUGAUCAAAGUACAGUGGAGUCAACUGUACGGACCUAAGUAGUUUGGAAGGAAAAAGGGUUUUCUGUAUAUGAGUUUUUGUAUUUGAAUUACUCAUCAUUCCAGCUUUUUUAUAAGACUGUAUUUCAUUUAUGAAGAAAUUAAUUUUCUUUAGGGCGUCACUUUUAACCUGUAAUUUAAAAAUGCAAGAGUCUGCAUCUUUACACUUGAUUAUGAACUGUGCGUAAACUUAGGUGCACCAUUCUCCCUUUUCAUGCCUAAGAAGGGCAUGCUGCUAGUAAGAUUCCCCCUGGUAAAGAGGCAAUAAAGAGGCAAGUGUGCUGAUUUUCAUCUGUGAGGUUACCCUUGGUGGAGUCUCAUCUGGUAGUUUUUCGCAGUGUUUAACGGGCUUCCUGAGUUGUGUUCACACUCAGGCCUCCUUGCUUUCCCAGUGGUGAGCAUUGGUGAGGUUGUUUUGCAGUAGAAAUGUAGAGUAUGGCCUCGCAGCAGCAAGGUUAACCGGCCUUACCUGCCAGGGCAUGAGCCCUGUGGUCCUCACCCCCAUCUGCUGAUCCUCUAGUAGGAAGAAACUAUUCUGCUGAGAUGGUAAGUUCCAGAGAAUGCAGAAAACCUUUUAAAUUUCGCUAUUUCAUCUGUGUUUUACUUGAGAGACAUAACAUUUGAAAGGAAGGGGACUGAACUUCUCUCUCAAUAUCUAUCACCAUUCUAAUUUUAUCCUCCUUGACUUUUAGCAUGUAACAUAGAAAUGAUGAGAAAUGAACUUUCAGGUUGAGUAACAAGAGGCUAGAGGUUGUUUGAUAAUCUUAUUUAAACUGGUGCUUUAUGUACAUGAGAUGUACUAAAAUAAAUAAUACAGAAUUUUUCUUGCUAGAUAAAUCAAGUAAGCCAGUAAUUUUUUUAAAUUAUCUG